GUUUGCAAAACCAGAGUGGCUCACGGCACCAACUCCCACGAGAUGGCCAUCGUGUUCAACCAGGAGGGCCUGAGCGCCGUCCAGCCGCCCUGCGUGGUCCAGAACUUCAUCAACCACAACGCCGUCCUCUACAAGGUGUUCGUGGUCGGCGAGUCCUACACGGUGGUCCAGAGGCCCUCGCUCAAGAACUUCUCCGCGGGCAUGUCAGGUAACCAAGCCUUCCGCCUUCCCAGCUCGCCCCGAGCCCGGCCGGCUGGACACAGCGUCGGUUGAGCACUUACCCCUGGCACCUGGGUUGUCUGGAGGGGAAGCGGUCAUCUGGAGGGUAAACGAAUUGUGUGCCGUAGUGAAGAGAUCUUGGAAAAGAAGUGAAACCCCCGCCCCAUCCAUUCGAACCCCUGUAAACUCCAAAAAGCCCCCCACAUUUUCUGUACCCAGGUUGCUUGGUGGGGACCCUGUGCCAUGAGACGCAGGAGGAGCCUGCUGGAACGGAUAAUGGGCCCUUCAGGGAAGGGAAGGUGGAGGGGAGCGCUCCUGUUUUGAGGGCCCGACCACUGACUGGAUCCCGUCUCCUUUUCCAAAUGGGGAAACACCGAGCUGCUGGCUGCUCCUGCAGCCGCCGAGGCGAACGUGCGCCCCGUGAGAGGUCAGCACGCAGGGCCACAGGGCUCCCAGCUGGGGCCUGGGGCAGGCGGUGGGCAUGACACCUUGCUGUGCCCCGCGGGUGAGGACUGAGUCAGUGACUGUGGUGGACCAGUGGGUGACGGUCCCACGUGUCCCUCGGGGGUCACAGCAUUGGCGUCUGCAGGCCGCUGCCGUCCUUGGGGCAGCUGAGGAGCCCCAGGGAGGCUGGUGGCUCCAUAAGCCCAGCUUUGCCUCUGCUGCUCCCCUGCCGCCUGCUGACCGGGCCGUUUCACAGACCGGCACUAGGAUAAGGAUUUGCUUGUGUUGGGGCUGCUCCCAGGAACGUCCUAGGGGCUCUGAAGGCAUCCCCCGGGCACGUUCCGGAACCUGUUGGAACGGUGGCAGCAUCUGUGGAGAGUGGCUUUCCGGGAGGACGUCGGUGGCCGGCGUGGUUUGCUCAGCUCUCUGUGCACUCAGCUCCGUGCGGGAAACCUGCCACUGGCUGGGAUGUCCAGCUGCACUACCCUCUGCCCAGACAGAUGGGCUCCUGAGACCUGCUGGGGCUACCUGUCAGUCCUCCCCGGGGCGCCGGCCACUCUCCUGAGUGAAGUUCAGCCGUUCUUGGCUUCCUCUCAGCCGUCUUGCCCUUAACACACCAGAGCAGACACUGGAUUGUCCUCCCGAGUGCAGGCGGCCUCCCAGCCAGGCCUGGGCUCCAGGACUUGAGGCCCGUGUGAGGUUCAGGACACCCCCGUCCUCACCCUGGUCCCAGCCCCCACCCACUGGGAUGGGAUGACCUGGGGGUGGAGGACAGAUGUCGGCAGGGGUCCUUUGGUGUGUGACUGUACACCUGCAAGGGGCAUCCUUUUUAUAAUAUAUAUAACAUUUUUAUUGAUUUCAGA